AUGGUGACCGCAACAAACCUUUUCCCGCGAUCUAGCUCGCAAUCAGACUUCCAUCCCGACUUAGACCAGGUCGGAAGUGAGCAAGAGGGUGAACAAGAGAGAGCGAGAAAAAGCCAAAAUGGAGUGCGUCCAAACAUUAUUUUUUGGGAGGAAGGGAUAAGCAAGACUGUGAAGGCCAAUAUUUGCUUUUUUACGUCCACUAGGACCCGUCUCUUCACACUAUUUCUGGUCAGGAUGAAGAUCGAGAGCUUGGCGGACGAUGGACGUGCAGCUAGCUGGCUCUUAGUCCAGAGUUAUUCCUCUUCGUUGUUCGGACUGGAAUAG